AAACACGGACUGAUUUAAGGGUCGGGCGUUUUGUUUAUGAGACACUCAUUUGACAGCCGUUAUUUAUGUGUUGUUUUUCUUUGGCACCUCUUAAAAGACAGAAUGUAUAAACAAUCCCCGCUGGAUUUAGAUAACAAACCAACACACAAACUAGCAGACACGACCUUUCAGAAGAAUGGGGAGAAAAACAGUCCUAUAAGUGUAAUUCUGGUCAGUUCAGGAAGCCGCGGAAACAAGUUGCUCUUCAGAUAUCCGUUUGUGAGGGCGUGUGAAAACAAGUCCUCAACUGCCACAAAACAGAGAAGUCUCUAUGCGCUGAGGACCACAAGUGAUGUCAAUGAGGACCAAGAUGGAGAUUCACGAGAACAAACUCCAUUAACUGAUGAACAGUUGGUAGCAGGUUUCUCUGAUAUCAUUCUCGCGACCAUCUUGGCCACCAAGUCCGACAUGUGCGGCAAAAAAUUUGAACUGAAGAUCGAUAAUGUUCGAUUUGUUGGACAUCCGACUCUCCUGCAGUCACCACACACCAUCCAGGUUUCCAAAACAGACCCUUCACCAAAAAGAGAAAUGCCAACCAUGAUCUUGUUUAGCGUUGUCUUUGCAUUAAGGGCCAACGCAGACCCCUCGGUGAUCAGCUGCAUGCACAACCUGUCGAGGCGCGUUGCCAUCGCCCUGCAGCAUGAGGAGCGACGCUGCCAGUACCUCACCAGAGAAGCCAAACUUAUGCUGGCUGUGCAGGAUGAGCUCACCACCAUGACCGAGACAGAUGGCACUGUACAGUCUCCAUUUCGACACAUUCUACCAAAGUGUAAACUGGCACGAGACCUAAAGGACGUCUUUGACAGCCUCUGCACGACCGGAGUGGUGCGACUUCACAUCAACAACUGGCUGGAGGUCAGCUUCUGUCUGCCCCACAAGAUCCAUCGUGUUGGAGGGAACCACAUUCCACCAGACGCCUUGGAGCGCAGUCUUAAGGCCAUUCGCCCGUAUCAUGCGCUGCUGCUGCUGGACAGUGAGAAAGCUCUGUUGGAUCAACUCCCACUCGACUGCUCUCCUGCUCUCUUACGACUCAUCAAGAUCUGUUCGGCCAUGAAGAACCUACAGCAGCUGGCACAAGACGCUGACCUGGCGCUCCUGCAGGUCUUCCAGAUAGCUGCACAGUUGGUGUACUGGGGUAAAGCAAUCAUUGUGUACCCGCUCUGUGAAAACAACGUGUACAUGCUGUCACCUCAUGCCAACAUAUUUCUUUACUCUCCGCUGGCAAAGCAGUUUUCACACCAGUUUCCUGGCUAUGACCUGCCAUCCAUGUUAGCCAAGUUCUCCUUACCUGUAUCUCUAUCUGAGUUCAGGAACCCACUGGAGGCGUCUGUACAUGAGGCACAGUUGAUCCAGAUGGUGGUGUGGAUGCUGCAGAGGCGACUGCUGAUUCAGCUUCACACGUACGCAUGCCUGCUUGUGCCACCUAGUGAGGAACAGCCAUGCUCGACGGAGGACGAGGUGCCGACGGUGAGCCGCCUGGCCGGGCGCAGCCUCAGCACGCCCACCACCCUCAGCUUCGGCUCACCAACCAGCAGUGAUGACAUGACGUUGACAAGCCCCAGCAUGGACAACUCCAGCGCUGAACUGCUCCCAGGAGGAGACUCUCCCCUGAAUAGAGUGACAGAAACUAUGUUGGCCAGUCUGACUGAGCACGAGCGCCAAGCCAUCCUCAGCGUGCCCGCUGCACAGAAUCCUGAUGACCUGCGCAUGUUUGCCCGAUUGCUCCAUUAUUUUAGAGGACAUCACCACCUGGAGGAGAUCAUGUACAACGAGAACAUGCGGCGCUCGCAGCUAAAGACUCUCUUCGACAAGUUCCGCAGUGUUUUAGUGGUAACCAACCACGAGGAUCCCAUCAUCUCGCUGUUCCAGACACCUCCCGAGUAGCACACACGCCUUCUCCACCCUCCACCUUCACACACCAAACCUUACACUGAAAUACUAUUUAUUGAGGACAUACAGUGCCCGUUGGCUGUACUACUGAUCACUGAAGUGCUUUAAAUGAGACAACGGUUUAUUGUUUGUGUCUGAAUGUAUUGAGCUGCACUGAACGAGCAUUAAACUGUCCUGUAAUGGGAUAAAGGAGGA